GUCCUUCUUUCUCCUCCCUGCCACCCACCCUCCCUCUUGCAUUGGGAGUAGUAGGGAGGAUGCGCUAACCUAGGCAGAGGCUCCCUGUUCCUGCGGGACGAGGGAGUGUAAAUAACAACCCCCAGAUUUAUGGGCAGGAAAGAUCGCCAUGACAUCACCCGCCGGCUUCCUCCAUGCAAAGGCACCAAGGCGAGGGGCAGCCGCAGAAAACAAGCGCUGGGGAUGAUGCUGCUGCUGCUGCCGAGAUUACCAAGGAGACCCGGCGCCACGGCUGCUCUCGCCUCCCCUUUUCUCCUCCUCCUCCUCCGCUGCCGCCGCCGCCGCUGCUAAACUCCCGGCUGGCCACCCCCUUGUUGCCGCCUGGUUCUCCCCCAUGCAGACGGCCCAGGCGGCGAUCGGUGGGGCAAAGGGAGCCAGCAACGCCCCCGUCGCGCAGCAUGCACUGGGGGGUGGGUUUCGCCUCGUCCAGGUCGUGCGUGGUGGAUCUAAGCCGGAAUCAAAGCCUCUGGUGUGCGGGAUCCGACGAUCGCUUUGCCUUUGAUGGGGAGAUCAUCGCUUUCCCUUUGCAGGAUUACGGCGGGAUCAUGACAGGGCUGGGAUCUGAUUCGUGGUGGAAAAAAACCCUGUAUUUGACGGGGGGAGCCCUGCUGGCAGCCGCUGCGUAUCUGCUCCAUGAACUCCUGGCUAUUAGGAAAGAGCAAGAGGUUGAUUCGAAAGAUGCUAUCAUAUUGCAUCAAUUUUCAAGACCAAACAACGGUAUUCCCAGUUUAUCUCCAUUCUGUUUGAAAAUGGAGACUUAUUUAAGGAUGGCUGAUUUACCCUACCAGAAUUAUUUUGAUGGAAAACUUUCUCCUCAAGGGAAAAUGCCAUGGAUUGAAUACAGUCGUAAAAAAGUAUCUGGCACAGAGUUCAUUAUUGAUUUUUUGGAAGAUAAGCUUGGAGUGAAUUUAAACAAACACCUUGGCCCACAUGAAAGAGCAGUUUCUAGAGCAGUAACAAAGAUGGUAGAGGAGCACUUCUAUUGGACCUUAGCCUACUGCCAAUGGGUGGACAAUCUCCAUGAGACUCAGAAGAUGCUGUCUCUUACUGGCCCCUUCAGCGACCUACUGAAGUGGAUUCUCUGCCACAUAACAAGAGGGAUUGUGAAGCGGGAAAUGUAUGGCCAUGGCAUCGGCCGCUUCUCUGAGGAAGAGAUAUACAAACUGAUGGAGAAAGACAUGCGCUCCCUAGCAGGUCUUCUGGGUGACAAAAAGUACAUCAUGGGUCCCAAGCUUUCUACCUUAGAUGCCACAGUCUUUGGUCAUCUGGCACAGGCAAUGUGGACGUUACCAGGAACUAGGCCUGAGAGACUAAUUAAAGGAGAAUUGAUUAACCUUGCUAUGUACUGCGAGAGGAUAAGGAGGAAAUUCUGGCCGGAGUGGCAUCAUGAUGAUGACAACACCCUGUAUGAAUCGGAAGAAAGUAGUGAGGCAAGCAAGACUCACCCCUUGGCAGACUUCAGUUUUUAUUCAAGGACAGAAACAUUUGAAGACGAAGGAACUGAAAAUAGUUUUUCCCGUACGCCUGACACCGAUUACACCGGACAUUCCCUCUUUGAUUCAGACGUGGACAUGGAUGACUGCACAGAUCAUGAACAAUGCAAGUGAUGUGCAUGGGAAACACUGCUCUGCCUUGUGUCAGAAACACCGCCUCCUCCUGGGAACCAUGCCAAUCGCCCCAGGUUCCAAAGAGGCCUAUAUUGGUUGGGAAGAGAUUGUUGCACUUGAUGCAGUUUCCAUAUGUUACCUUUUCAGCAUCAUUUCAUGUUGUUGAAACAUUCCAAUGGAUCCUAGAUAAACAAUUCUUAAUUCUGCUCAGCAAGAUGGUGAAAAGUUGACAAGGAAGGUAAUGAGGGUGGGGAUGGGAUUCGUGUUGAGAAAAGACAUUUGGAAUAACAGGUCCAUGAGGAGCACAAUAUUGAGGAGGGCUAGCUUGGGCUGAUUCUCUUUCUUCCUAGAACCAGACUGAAGACAACAAUGUGAAGGGAGUUGCUACCGUUCCUGUCUUCCUUAUAUGUCACAGGAUUGGCUGAAAUUGAUCCUAUUAGAAUCACAGAUCGUAACAUUUUUCCCAUGGCUUUCUGCAUUUUUGGUGAGCUGGAUGUGCUGGCAUUUGACAUGUAUCCAUGUUUGGAGUAGCUUCUAGAAGUAGCCUUGUAGGCAGUCAACAGAUAGAAAAGAACAAGUUUUCAUUCAGAAUCUACAAUUGGUCUCUUUCUAUGAUAUAUUACUUGAUAGUAUUUAAUUUAUUUUGAUACUGUAGUGUCCAGGUUUCAUUUUUAGUCUCUUCUUCUUUCUUCGUGUAAAAGUCCUCUCCAAUAUUCUAUAACAGUAUGGUCAGGGAGAAGAAUCCAGGAUUAGGAUUUGCAGAUGAAGAUGUGGGGAGAAAGCCCAACUUGAUUUUCCAUGGGUCGGGUUGCUUGGGCCCAAACUACACACUACGUUUUGUGCGUGAUCUCCACAGGGACUUGCAGGCAAACGGCAGCUACAGAUUCUCUGGGUCGGGUUGACUUAGAAAUGCCACGGGGACCGGAUUUGGAUUGUGACCGUGAGGAGGAGGAAGAAGGACUCCUGCUGAUUUGAAACAGCUGGGGGGGGGGGAAUGGGGGAGCAUUAUUUGCCUGACUAGAGGCAGCUGGCAUCCUGCUGGGAGCCCUUGUUGGGACCAUGUGUGGAGCAUAAUGUGUAGUCUGGCUCUUAAACUCACUCCAAUGGAAUGCAACAUUUUGCUUUAUCUUGUAUAAAUGAAUGGCUGGCUGCCUUGUUGCUCUCUGUGGGAAGAUAAAGUGCAACACUGUGGGCGUAAGAGCAAAAUAUGCUCAUUACCUGUAAAAGUAGGGAUCCUACAGUCAAUGGGGCAAGACAGGGCUUGUGGCCCAGAUGCUGCUUGGAAGAGAGGUGCCAGGCAGCCCAGAGCCCCCCUCCCAGCAUCAAACUGUGCCUCACCCUUGGAGUUUGGGGGCAGGGCUUGCAGUUGAAUGCUGGACCACUGGGGGUGGGGCAGUUCAAGGCCGGUCUCGCAGUUUAAAGCUGGGCCCCGCCAGGCAGAGGCCAGCCUUGAACUGCUGACUACACCUUCAGAAGCCAUGUGACUUUAAAGACAGAGCUUCAGAGGUAGAACCAGCAGUAUAAAGCUGGACUUAGCCAGGACAGAGCCUGAGGUUCAAGUCUGGGCUGAACCUGGCUGGUCAGGUUUUCAACUGCAGGCUUUGGAGGUGAAGCCCAUGGUUUAAAGCUGGAGCUGGCCAAGCAGAGCCUUGAAUUGUGCCCUCCCAAUUCCACUUGCACUUGUGGGGGGCAUGCAGCUCAAUGCUGGGCAGCGCUUGCCCUGGGGGCCAUCCUUAGUAGAUAUACUCCUGCCUACCAUACUCCCCUGUCCCUCCAGCAAUCUGGCAUUCUUGAAUUAUAAACAUUGUCUUCCCACGUAUCCCUACCUGUCUGAUUGAUGGACCAAGACAAUAAUCCACACAAGAUGUUCAGGUCAACUCUUACAUUUUAGUAGUGUGUUCCAUCAAAGUGUUUUGGGUAAGAGGUACAUAAAGUCUUGGCAUGUUUGUUUCAUGUGCUCGUUCACAACAUGGUUGGCUGCUGAAAAUGUCUGCCAAGUGUAUUUUUUAAAAAUGAGCCCUGGGUAGCAUUAUGCCCUAUAAUAGAGUAUAUCCGAUGUUGUACUGCACAUGGGUAGGGUGGCCGUUUUAUUUGUUUUUUAACGCUUUGUUUUUGUUUGCUUGCCAUCAAGUUUUCAUUGGCUUGAGUUUUGCUACUAAUCAAUGGUUGGUCAGUGUCAGAUAUACGCACAAGCAAAUCAAUAUGAUCAGUCUGUUCCUCUCCCCUCCAUAAGCUGCAACUCUACACAGAGAGAAUUGUUGUGGGGAUAGUGUUUUGUCUUUUGCAGUUUCAUUUGCAGAGUGCUGGGGGUUUGCACUGAACCAGAAACCACGCUGAACCUUUCAGUUCUAAAGGCUUAUCCAAAUGGUAACUCUCCUUGUUUAUGCUCAGGUGCACUAAUGUCCAACUUAGUGCACAAGAAGUAUUCCUUUCCCCAGGACAUCCAUGUGCUGAUUGCAUAAGCUGUGCUGAUUCCUGUCAGUUUUUUGCAAGCUGAAGCUCCCCCAAGGAAUUGGAUAUAGUAACAGAGCAUCUGACUAUCUAAUGAAAUUCGUAAGGAGGUGCCUUUAGUGGAAAUUAACUUGUUAUGAAUGUCGUGAGUGGGAACCUGGAAUUGCCAUCUAGUAGGAAUCCUGUCCUCUUUGACAAAAUGCUUUUAAAAAUCUCUUUGCACCACCCUGGCCAGGACUAGUAUAGAAAUGUGGCCAGUUGUUCUGUGAAUGGUACGAUUUGAAUUCCUUUGCCACUUACAGCAGGGGUGUCCAACUCUGGCGCCAUAGUCCAUGAACAUCUGGGGUGCCAGAGUUGGACACCUUACAGCAGUGGUGGCAAACCUU